UCUCUUUUGCCCUUUUGGUCCCCUCUCGAGCUCAACCCUUAAAAUUGCAUCUGCGACAUUCGUACCCUUUUUUUCUAGGUUAUUAUCGUCGUCAUGAUGCAGCAGACACCUCCAGCUUCUAACGGUGCUGCCGCAGGUUCAGGGCAGAAUCCUUCCGACCAGCAAGCUUACCACCACCACCAGCAGCAGCAGCAGCAGUCGUGGAUGAUGCAACAGCACCAUCAAGGUCAGCCGCCGGCAGGAUGGAAUCCUCAGUCGGCUCCGUCUCCUGGUCAACCACAACAGCAGCAGUAUGGUGGUGGUGGAUCUCAGAAUCCAGGAUCAGCUGGUGAGAUCCGGUCGUUGUGGAUCGGUGACUUGCAGCCUUGGAUGGAUGAGAACUAUCUCAUGACCGUCUUUAAUGUUACUGGCGAGGCUCAAUCAGCUAAAGUAAUUCGCAAUAAGCAGAACGGAUAUUCAGAAGGUUAUGGAUUUAUUGAGUUUGCGAGCCACGCUACAGCUGAGAGGGUUUUGCAGACUUACAAUGGUGCUCCAAUGCCCAACUGUGAACAGCAGACCUUUAGGUUGAACUGGGCUCAGCUCGGAGCUGGAGAGAGACGCCAGGCUGAAGGUCCGGAGCACACGGUUUUUGUUGGAGACUUGGCACCUGAUGUUACCGACUUAAUGCUUACUGAGACGUUUAAGGCUGUAUAUUCCUCUGUCAAGGGAGCAAAAGUUGUGACUGAUAGGACUACUGGACGGUCCAAGGGAUAUGGAUUUGUUAGGUUCGGUGAUGAAAGUGAGCAGAUUCGCGCCAUGACUGAAAUGAAUGGUCAAUACUGCUCAUCCAGGCCUAUGCGUACUGGUCCAGCUGCCAACAAGAAGCCUCUUACGAUGCAACCAGGUUCAUAUCAAAACAACCAAGGAAAUCCAGGAGAAAGCGACCCAACUAACACCACAAUUUUUGUUGGAGCUUUGGAUCAAAGUGUAACAGAAGAUCUUUUGAAGUCAGUUUUUGGUCAAUUUGGUGAACUAGUUCAUGUGAAAAUACCGGCAGGAAAGCGUUGUGGAUUUGUUCAAUUCGCCAAUAGGGCAUGUGCUGAACAAGCAUUAUCCAUGUUGAACGGAACACAACUUGGUGGACAAAGUGUUCGUCUUUCGUGGGGUCACAGCCCUUCCAACAAACAGACUCAAACUGAUCAAGGCCAGUAUGGUGGUGGGGGUGGUGGAUACUAUGGGUAUCCUCCUCAGGGAUAUGAAGCUUACGGAUAUGCACCACCUCCUCAGGACCCUAACGCCUACUAUGGUGGGUACGCUGGUGGUGGCUAUGGAAACUACCAGCAACCUGGUGGCUACCAGCAGCAACAGCAGUGAAGCAUGAUUUAGUAAGUCGUGAUCGAGCUGAAGUUCUCCAGAAAGCUGACACCGUUUGAAAAUGGUGAAUGAAUUAUUGAAGUGGAUGUGUAUUAGCUCUUCUUGUCCCAGAUUCUCUCUUUCAACUCUCUUUUUUUUCUUAUGAAUUAUUUUGCUUUCGCGUGACAAUUGUUGAGUGUUCUUCCAAGUCGUAACAAAAGGCUUAAAACCCACAAGUGUUUCUUGUGUCAUUUGGCUUAAAACCCACAAGUGUUUCUUGUGUCAUUUGACUAAUUUGACCAUUAUGUUUCUUCCUGCAA